AUGGGAUUCAUCAUGGAGUUCGCGGAGAACCUGGUCCUGCGGCUGAUGGAGGACCCGGAGCAGCGCGACGAGGCGCAGCGGGCGCACGUCUACCGGAUGAAGGAGCGGUGCGAGCGCACCAAGGCCGCCUGGGCGCUCCCGCUCCGCCCCUACGGCUUCUGGACCUUCGACCGCUUCAACUCCCAGCUCUCCUGGGACCCCCAGAUCAGCCAGGCCGCCGGCCGCCGCGACCCCUACGACGACCUCCUCGCCCGCCACGCCGGCCCCGCCACGCCCUCCUCCUCCUCCUGA